AUGAGUGGGCUGAAUAACCUAAUGAAGGAGGGCUGGCACUCCAAGGGAAAGGAUGGGAAGAGGGAGAGUUGGCGUGGGGACUUCAAGGGCAUCAAUCAAGUGGCCGGAUGGAUGGGCAAGGGCAAGGAUCCAAACGAGGAUCGUGAGGAGCAUGUUUCCAGACCACUUUCAUCACUUAAGGACCCCUCCUCCUUUGGACCUCCACCCAAACAUAUCAAUUACCAUGGCGCUGCCGCAUUGCCAAACGAGACCACUCCGGACCGAAGAGGCACCGGCACUCCCUUGUCGGAGCAGAACUAUGAGCAGAAUUUGCAGCAACAACAAGCAAUGGAGGCAGAGGAGGAGGCCCAGAGACCUCGGCCACCACCAGUACCAUAUCGUGCGGAUACGACCGGGUUAUCUACAAAUCAUCUUCCUCCACCAGUGCGACGCCUCGACUCGCCGAAUUCCACUUCUUCUGCCACUGGGAAGCCAAAGCCCCAGCUGCCACCUCGACUCCCUUCAAGAACCGCAUCACCUGCCCUGACUGACCUCCCUCCUCCACCUGCCUACUCGCCCGUUCCGCCAACGCCCGAGGGAUACAUUAAUCGGGAAGCUGCCACACGGCUUUCACGUGCUGGCGUUUCAGUUCCCGCACUCGGCAUAGGAGAGAAGACAGAGUCUGCCCACAUCACAAAUGGCCAGAACGAUCCGGCGCUUGAUAAUAUGCAGUCUCGCUUCUCGACGACACAUAGUCCUUCGGCCAACAAUCCAUAUCCCAUGAGCGCCGAUUCCUCACUUCCACCACUUCCAACCUUCCGGGAUCGUCACCAGGACAAGAUUGAUUUGGGCAAGCAGAAAUGGGGAGGAGUAACUUCACGCUUCAAUACUUUUGUUGAAGACAGAAAGUUUUCCGCCGCGGCAAACAAACGUAUUCCUCGGCCGGGCGAUCUCCCGCGAAGUUCAACUGCUCCAAGCACUGCUCCAAGCCCUGCCCCAAAACCCGUUCCAAAGCCUGUUCAUGUCCCUGGCCCCGCUAUUCCAAGUCGAGCUGUUCAAAGCCCGCCUACUGAGUCGAGCAUCGGAGCCCAGGCUCAGCGCAAAAAACCACCUCCUCCACCCCCGAAGAGAGCAGAGAUGCGCACACCAAUCAACACUCCUUCAGAUAUUUCGACAUCUCCGACGCCACCGCCUGUACCACUAAGCACGAAACCCCGUUGA